UUCUGUAGUUGCAAUUAAAUUAAAUUAAAGAUGUAGCAGGUACGGUUACCCUACAGUUGGGCUUCGCAUUGUUUAGUUGUUCUCAAAGGGCUGGUUGCAUUAAAAAUGAAUCUUUGCAGACAAACCAAUGUUUCAAAAUAAAUUUUUUUAUCUUGCUUUAAUCUGAGUGAAUAGUUAAUUUUUUUACGAUGAAAAUGCGUUAUAGCAGCAAUUUUGUAGUCUUUUUUGGAUGCUUAAAUUUGAAGAAUUGGACUCAAGUACGAAUUGUGACCCAAAUAAAUCAACGCUGACAUCUCAAGUCAAUAUUGUCUAAAAUUUUGUGUUGUGCCUGAUAUUGUCUAAAUAUUCACUGUGCUAAAAAAAUCAAGUAUUAUAGUUAAUAAAAAUUUUGGCAAAAGUUGCAACAUUUUCUCGGUUAAUCGGAUUCGGAGAAUUGAAGAAUUUACUAAAAUUGUCUAGCUUGCCAGUUGGUUGCCUUUAUUAUGAAUGAGGAGUAUUAUAAUCAACUAUCGGGUGCUGAGUUACGCGAUAAAUUACGAAAACACGGUUUAUCAAAUCUACCCAUACAUCUGGCGAAAUUUGCUCCUUAAAAAGCUUAAAAAUCAUUUGUUAAAUGAGUCACUUGAAAUGACGCCGGCGCCGCUCCUGCCGUCACCAGCCACGUCAAUCAUCAAUAUUAACAAUGAUGGUGAUAAAGAAAGGCGAACUCCUUCACCACAACCAACGUCUUCGCCAAUUUCUCAUAGAAGUGACCGGCAAUUUAAGAACGGGUUAGAGUCGCCAUGCGAUUAUAAGUUACUUGAGGCAAAAAUAUCAAAGCCGCGUUAUCAAAGACAUUGUCAAGGAAUUAAUGUAUCGAGCUUCACUAAACGAUUAGUCGGGAGGCGAAGUAAUUGCAUAUCACGUGCGCGACAAAUUGAUACCGAAGAACGCUUGAGGAAAAAACAAUGGCAGAGUUCUGCAUUUGAUAAUCUUAAUAAUAAUUUUGAACCGCCUUUGGAUUAGCCAUACCAUCCCGGUUAGCCAACCAGAACUACCUUUCAUCGCGAUUUAAAAGCUUCAGGCAUUGCACUGACAUGGCAGGAGCGAUCUACCAUGCACUCACUAACUGCUACUUUUACGUAUUUUUAGAAUUACCUUCGAUCUGGAAUUUCGCUAUUUUUUCAAAGUGUUAACAACUGUUUACAACUGUUUAAGACUGUUUAAUAAGAUUUUAUCUGCUUAAUUAGCCUUGUUUGGCCUCUUAGAUUUUUCCUGUCACCCUUUCUUAAGUUCCUUUCUCAUAUUUGAAAAGAUUAGACUUCUCUUAAAAUUUCCCUAGUUUUAGCCAGCAUAUUCAUAUAUAUAGAGAAUCCUGUUAAAGCGUACAGUUUAACGCUGGAUAGUUAGACCAGAGCACUACAACUAAAGACUAAAAACAAUGAAUAGAAUUUUAAAAUCGCAAAAAUCUGUAUAUAAAUAAAUAAAUAUGAAAGAAAGAAGGAACAUUAUCUAAUACAUUGACGAAUCUUUGUGCGCUCGUGCGAAAUGAAAUAUUAAAAAUGUGUAAAUAUAAAUGUAUGUAAGCGCACCAUGCUAAGGGGCUUUUAGUUGAAAAUGUUAUGACAGUAGCGUUUGGUAGGCAAUCAAAGGGAGUGAAAGGCAAUUUUUCUAUAAACUUGCACAAUCGUAUUUUCAAGCGUUUUUGAAAAGAGAAACUAAAGUCGAUUUAUUUUUAGGAAUUAUUUUUGAAAGAGUAGAACAUAUUCUUUAGAAAUUUGUAAUGUUAUAUAACUUGUUAUUCCCGUACACCACUUGUGUGAAAGAGUUCAUCAAUUUUGUCCGGAAAUGUACAACACCCAGAAGUUCUUUAAACCAAAUUUAGAUUUGGUGCAACUUUUUUGGUGUAAGUUUAGAUUUGGUGCAAAAAUUAAAAAAUUAAAUUAAUUAAAGUUGUCUACACUUAUUUGAAGUAGUUAAAAUAGUUCUUCGAUUUUUUCUUAAAAUUUUUAAGUUUAUAUUUUAUCCAAAUAAAAAAAAUUUUCGAAUAAUUUGAAUAUAAAUCACUAUAAUUCUGAAAAUUAGAUCGAACGAAAAACAAUAUAAGUUCAAAUAUAAUGUUAUCUUUUUUAUGUAGUAGCUUUAAAGGCUAUAAUUUAAUUAAAAAAUCCUAACAAAGUACUUUCACAUACCGAAAUCCAUAUUUCUAAAAGCCUCCUAGAAUCAUGCAACAUAUAUAUACUUUCAUAUAUCUACAGUAGAAGCAUACAAUACACGUAUA